GAAAGGCAUUAAGAAGAAUGUUGCUUCUACUGUUCCCCUGCCUAGGAAGCUACAGAGUUCAUCCUACUUCUAUUAAACCUACUAUCUCCUUUAUGCGAAAAAAAAAAAAAAAAAGCAGCCUCUUUCAUCUGCAGCGAAUAUUGCUAUUGGAUCCCGAUUUCAUGUGCUUCAGUCUUGUAAGGAUUCUGAGGUAGUCAUGAACACUCUAAUGCGGGCAUGUGUACUCAACCUGAGAUAGUCCAAAUUUGGAGGUCUGUUCAAAACAAGGGGAAUAUAAGCACUGAGGUUGACAGAAUUACUUCUAGUGGUGCAAGGAAAAAUAAGUGUCUUCAACUUGAUCCUGUUGAGUCUAAAGGGAAAUCUGUUGCUUCAGCUAUUGUGGCCCCUAUGCCUGUUUCUAUUGAUGCUAAAAAAACUCCCACUAAGAAAAAUUUGGUAUGGGCUCAAAAGAAAACUAUUGCAACCUCUGAAAUCACUGUUGAUUUCACUUCUCUCCCUGAUGCUGGUUCUAAUAAUCAUCCUAGAGCUGCCACAGUGGCCACUGCUCUCCCAAUAUCCAGUCCUCCAGUGAUGCUAAUGGUCUAA